AGUACUCAUCCAGAAAUGCUCCUGUGCAGAUUGUUGUAUUACUAUCGUAAAGUUUUUGGACCAUAGCUUUUGCAUUAGCAUGUUCCCAACAUUUGAAUGGACUAUCUGAGAGCAACACUUGUCUAAAAGGAAAAAAGUGCACUUUCCCUCAGAAAUGAAGUAAAACAAUGUACUCAAGGAAAAUAUACAUAACUCAAAUACGUACAAAAGUGCAGUAUUUGUGUAAAAAUAGGCUGUUUUCAUUUAUCAAACUAUGGAAAUCAGUUUAUAAUUUCUUAAAAACUAUGACCCACUGUGACUUUAAGAGUCAUGAGGAUAAAAAGUCAGAAACAUUCAACCCAAUUGCUUUAAAAUAAAAAUCCUUAUCAGGCAGCAUUACUGUUUGUAAAGGAGACUUCAUAUCUAGGUCUUGUGAUCGUAACCACGCAUUGUAUCAAAGGUUAACCUGAGCUCAUAAAAUCUUUCAAGCUAUAAUUCUUGUUGAGUGACUGUGUGGGUGUUUUAGCAUCAUGUUUACCAAAUCCUCCUUUACAAAUCAAGUUUAACCAGUCAGGUUGAACUUGUACUGUAAUUCCAGAAAUCUUUCAAACACUUAUCUGUCUUCAUCUAAAAGUCACGGGACACAAGGGAGUGAAACAUAAUUCAACUUCCAGGUUUUGCUUCGUGGGAGGUCCUAACCUGCUCUAUAAAGACUGGAGUGUUUGCUCAGUGGAAGUGUGAGACGUGCGACAGGAGGCUGUUGUAUCAUUUCCCAGUGAAGAUGUUGAGGAUCACUCUGCAGCUGUUCGUGGGGGUGCUGGUGUUGGGUGUCACUUUGUGUGACAUCAGAUGUCCUGAUGGGAAUACCUGCCCCGAUUUGACCACCUGCUGCUUGACCAGUCUUGGAUAUCGCUGCUGUCCGUAUCCAAGGGCUGUGUGCUGCUCUGACAAGUCCCACUGCUGCCCCUCAGGGUAUCGUUGUAACCUGGCAGCCCAGAAGUGUGAUAAAGCUGACCAGCCGUGGUUGAGCUUACCCCUGGCGAAGAAGGAGGCUGCAGUGGAGCCCAGCAGCCCCGUUCUGCCCGUGAUUCCACUUCAGGACGCCGAAAGCAACCACGUCCCCGAGGAAACAAAGAGUACCUACGUCCGCUGUGACAGCUACUUCUCCUGUCCAGAUCGCACUACUUGCUGUAGACACCCGAAAGGCGCCUGGUUCUGUUGUCCCUACUAUCCUGGGAGGUGCUGUCUGGAUGGCUUCCACUGUUGUCCAUACGGCUAUGACUGUGACCUCACUUACACUCACUGUGUCAGAAACACCCUGAUGUAUCCUUUCCCGCCCAAACAAGCUCUGUCUUCAGUCCCUGCCUCCCGCAUUUCAACUCCAGAGGACAAAGGCAGCUUGGAGGAGGCACCGAUGACAACUCUAACUGAGGCCCUCAGCAGCCCCUCUGAUGAGAGAGUCAUUCGCUGUGAUGCCACGUUUUACUGCCCAGGAGGAAGAAGCUGCUGCAAGGGGACAUCAGGCAACUGGAACUGCUGCCCCUUCCCACUGGGCCAGUGCUGUGCAGAUGGUAAGCACUGCUGUGAGUAUGGAUACACCUGCGAUCCCUCCUCCUCGACAUGCAGAAAAUGGUACUCUGAGGUUCCCGCUGGAGCACAAGAAGACGCCCGAAUGCUCUGAGGACACACUGUUGAAGUACACAGUGACCAUUUGUCAUCGGUAUGGUUGAGAUGAAGGGUAACAAUGCUUUACAGCCUCGUUGAAGAACAUUAACAGACACACUGGCUAGAUGUCGAAUCAGAUCAGUCUCACUAGAAGACAGCUAAUGAUUAAACAAUGUGCUUGCAACAGCAUAAAAUUGGUCCUAAUAUCUGCUGCUUUCAACAUAACGUUACUGUAUGUUUGGCUCUCAGAAGACAGUCACCAUUGAUCUUCAGUUAAGCGAGAUUUCCUGCAACAGCAUUUUCAGAAUACUUAAUCGCGAUUUAUUUUUUUGUAUUAGACAAGUCAUGGAGAGCUUUU